AUGAAAACAACAACCAACAUGAAGGAUGAUGUUGCUCUUCUCCGAGAAUCUUCUCAUCAUCACCAUCACCACCAACAUCAUCACCACCACCAUACAAAGCAGACAAAGAAUAGUAAUGGGAAAUGUUCAUGUCAUCAUGAUGAUUCAAAUACUGUUCCAUAUGAAUGGCCUUGGUAUCCUUAUUUGGAGAAUAUUCAGCCCUGUAAGCAACAUCACGAGGAAAAAUUCAAGACUCAACUUCAUCAUUUACUUCAUCAAGAUAAUCCCUAUCUUGUGAGUGGAUAUCGGAAAUUACCGAUACAAUCAUUCAAAAAAUGUAUCUAUUCCAUCUUUACGCUACACAAUGAAACACUGAAUAUAUGGACACAUUUACUUCCAGCUUUUUAUUUCUCAUAUUUAAUUGUUUAUUGUACUUGUCAAGCUUAUGAGAUGGGAAAAGAUAGAGCAGAUAUUUUCAUUUCUCUAUUUUACUAUACGAGUGCUGCAUUGAUUUAUUAUUUGAGUGCUUUCUAUCAUGUCUUUAGAAUGAAUAGUGAAAGUGCUUACCAUUUUUGUUUAAUUUGUGACUUGAGAGGAAUUAUUUCCAUGUUCUCUGGAUCCAAUAUUUGGUGUGCUUAUUUCAUGUUGAAAGGUUUUGAUCGAGUGGCAACUGUUCUGACCUCGAUUAGUUUUGCUGGAUAUUUCUAUUUGUGGUUUUGGAUUCCAAGCAUGGUGAAACGAAGAUUGUCGAAUCGAAGAACAUUAUAUUUUGCAAUUUUUAGUACUAUCGGGCUGAUGUGCAUGUUUGUGAGACUGUUUCUACAGUUUGAAUAUAUUUACCAACCGGUCCUAGAAGGAAAAUUAUCAUUUUUGGAUUUGUUGAUGAAUACAUUGUUUGGAAAGGAGAUUGACCUCAUUUCCAAUACUUCAAGUAUCGACCAUGAUACAAAUCAAAUGCUUUUACAAUUAUUGAAUUUUAACCAAUUAUUGUUUGGAAAAAUUAUUUUUCGUUCCUUCUCCUUGUUGGCAUUUGCAAUGGUGAUUCGAGUGUUGAAAUUUCCAGAAAAGUAUUUCCCAUACACUUUUGACAUUUUUGGAGCAAGUCAUCAACUCUUUCAUACCAUUGUGGCUCUCUCUCCCAUUUUAAAUCACAUCGAAUUAUGGGAAAGUUACAUUCAGAAUGAUCAAUUUUCAUUGCAUCAUGACUUGUUAGAACUAGUUCAACAACAACGGACCUCAACACCACACCUCUAA